UUUUUUUGAUAUAAUGAAUGUAUUUAUUUAUUUUUAUUCCAGGAAAACAUCAUGGCCAACUAUAGAAUCAGAAAAUGGGACAAAGAUUGUGAAGCAGUGAGGGAUAUAUUUGCUGCAGGCAUAAGAGAGCAUAUUCUAGCUAGAUUUGUGUACAUCCUGAAGCAGCCUCGGUUACAUCUAACCUUGAUGUUUGUGCUCUGUCUUCUGUUCCUGAUCACCGGAUCAUUUGUGCUUUCCAUCCUGGCAGUCGCCUUACCUCUAGCAGGAUUGCACCAGGCAUUCGACUAUAUAUAUAGCACUUACGUAGAGGCGACCUUGAAAGACGACCUGCUGGAUAUCAACAAAACAUACAUGAAGAACAAAGGCUCCUGCUUCUGGGUGGCAGAGAGUGAUGAUCAUGUGGUUGCUAUGAUUGCUGCCGUACCUUCCAGAGAAGAGCCAGGCGCCUUGGAGUUGAAGCGCAUGUCUGUGAGGAAGAACUACAGAGGUCUGGGCAUUGCCAAAGCGCUCUUCAGGGCUGUUUUGGACUUUGCACAUGCAAAUGGCUGCAAGGCAGUGGUGCUGGAGACGUCCCAUGUCCAGUAUGAUGCACAGAAGCUCUAUGAGAGCAUUGGUUAUAAAAAGAUCCGUCAAUUUGUUUUCCCAAUGCUCGUAGCCAAAAUGAUCAACUUCUCCAUACUAACAUAUAGAUAUGACUUUUCCCCCCAUAACUAAACAAUCAACCAGCAGUGAUUUAAAAUGUCUCCAGCACAAUGGUGGUGGGUUUUGGUCAUGAAUGAUCAAACAUCUGGAUAUCAGUAUAUUGACUCUCAGUGUCUCAGUAAAUAGCUACAUGUGAUCUGAACAUGAUUGGUUCCCUGA